CUUCCCCAAAGCAACAAUACCACAAGUCAGAGAUCAGUACGAGAUCACCCUUGUACGUACCUUCGUCCUUCCCCAUAUCAAAGAAGAGUUUGAGAUCAGAGCUGCAGUUUGUGCUCUUUCUAAAAAAAAUCAAGAAAAAAAGAUGGCAGACUGGGGGCCCGUGGUGAUAGCAGUGGUGCUGUUUGUGCUGUUGAGUCCAGGAUUGCUAUUCCAGUUUCCGGGGAGGAGAAGAGUUGUUGAGUUUGGGAACAUGCAGACUAGUGGAACAGCGAUACUGGUCCAUACCAUCAUCUUCUUUGGUCUCAUAACCAUCUUUCUCGUUGUUAUGGGUGUUAACAUUUACACAGGAUAGCCAAUUAAAGCUUAAAAAAGAUCGUUCCUA